AUGGAUGAACACAUGGACACUGAAGAUGAUGGCCUCAUCAUCCCAAGACCCAUAGACGCUGAAGCAAACUCCCUCAUUCAUCUCAGCCUCGUUGGAAGGUUCCUUACGGAAAGAACGAUUCGCACGAUGAUCAUGAAAGAUAGGAUGGCCAGUAUAUGGCGACCGGUAAAAGGCGUCUCAAUAUCGGAAAUCCAAACGAAUAUUUUUCUAUUCCAAUUCUUUCACAUUCUUGACUUCAAUCGCAUAUACGAAGGAGGUCCCUGGUCAUUUGAUAACAACAUGCUGAUCUUAAGCAAAAUCCAUAGAGGUGAAAUCCCUACAGAAGUCCCCCUAUUCCACAUACCUGUUUGGGUUCAAGUGCACAACCUCCCUGCCGGAUUUAUGUCACAGGAAGUUGGCAAACUCCUUGGAAAUGCAAUAGGAGAAUACCUUGCCUACGAUGAAAAGCAUAAUACUAGCUUCUGGAAAGCGUACAUGCGAAUCAGAGUCAACCUUGACAUUAGGAAACCUAUACUAAAAGAAAAGAAAAUCAAAAACCCUGGAGAAGAGUGGAAAACUGUUAAUUUUAAAUAUGAAAGACUUGGUCAAUUCUGUUACUUUUGUGGUUUCUUGGGGCAUAACGAUUCUUUUUGCAGGAAGCUUUUUGAUUCUCAGGUUGAUGACGAAACUCGAAACUGGGAUGCCUCUCUUAGAGCUACUUUACGCCAACAAGGAAACUAUGGUGGAGCCAAAUGGCUAAGAUAUGAAAUCAACAAAGAUGAUAAAAUCAUCACGCACUUAGACGCCCCCCAUAAUGGCCCAGAAGUUGAUCAUCAUCAAGAUGCAAAAACUGAAAGCAAUUCAGUCCUGGACAAGAAAAGAAGAAGAGACCAAGAAGGAAUACCAAAACAAUUAAAAGAAAACCCAACCCAUUCCAUCGUUGACGAGGAAAACGAUUCACAAAGAUUUCAUUUUUUAUCGGCAGUCCCUGGCACCCAGGGCUGCCAGGGGUUAUGA